AUGUCGACCCCAAAGAGUGCCUCUUACGAUUAUCUCAUCAAGCUGCUGUUGAUUGGCGACUCUGGUGUUGGCAAGUCCUGCCUGCUGUUGCGUUUCUCUGAUGAUUCGUUUACGCCCUCCUUCAUCACCACCAUUGGUAUUGACUUCAAGAUUCGUACCAUCGAGCUGGAUGGCAAGCGCAUCAAACUUCAGAUCUGGGACACCGCUGGCCAGGAGCGCUUCCGCACCAUUACCACAGCUUACUAUCGCGGAGCUAUGGGCAUCCUUCUGGUCUACGAUGUCACGGACGAGCGCUCCUUUAGCAACAUUCGUAACUGGUUCUCAAACAUUGAACAGCACGCCAGCGAGGGGGUCAACAAGAUCUUGAUUGGAAACAAGUGCGAUAUGCCCGAUAAGAAGGUGAUUUCCAAGGAUCAGGGUCAGGCCCUUGCGGAUGAAUUUGGAAUCAAGUUUUUGGAGACAAGUGCUAAGUCCAACAUCUGUGUCGAGGAGGCAUUUUUCUCCCUUGCCAGGGACAUCAAGAAGCGCAUGAUCGACACCCAGACUAACCAAACGCAGAAUCCCAACACUCUGGUAGUGGAGGAUAGAAGCGGCAACAAACUCGGAAAUGGAUGCUGCAACUAG